AUGUCCCCAACUUUGCCAUUGUCAGCUGUGACCCAGGCGCUGUCUGCGAGCAUCCCCGACUCCGAGCGCUCAACAAUCACCAGUCAGAGCCUGUCAUGGGGGCCUCCCAGCCUCUGCAUGGGAGCUCGCCCUUCCCAAAUGGUUGCCCCCUGCAGGCGUUGGGCUUCCCUCUUCUCCCUCACUUGCUGUGUGGCCCUGCUCCUGGGGCACCUGGGCAGCGCUGCCCCCAUGCACCCCAAGUACCCUGGGGACAAUGCCCCUGUGGAAGACCUGGUCCAGUUCUACAACGAGCUGCAGCAGUAUCUCAACAUGGUCACGCGGCCCAGAUACGGCAAGAGAUCCAGCAGCCGGACGCUCUGCGGAGACCCCUAUGACUCCUCUGGAUGCUAAACCCGAC